AUGGACAAGUCUACGCUCCCAGCGGAGGCCACUCAAUCCGUCCCUGAAGCGCGCUACAACAUGCGCAAGCGUCCCGCCAAACCGACCACGAAAUCUUCCAAGCGCGUCUAUCGUACUCGCGGCGGUCUCGUCUCCUUGCGGAAGACACCCAAAGACCUCGUCCCCAUGUACGGAGGCACCCGCGAAUGGCGCUACCUCAACAGCGAUAACGACGUCUUCCGUUCAACACGUGCCAACAUCGCCCUACCGCGCGUCUGUCGUCAAAUUUACUCCGAAACAGUUACUCUAGUAUACUCCGAGAACUUGUUUUCCUUCAACAACGUCUUUGAACUCGAUCGCUUUGUUGCUUCACGCAAACAUGCUCAGCUCGAAGCCAUGACGAUGGUUAUGGUUGAUAUAAGUUGGAACGCGUUUAAGAGUGGAAGCGACGCUCUGGAGAUGGUGCUUAGGAGCCUAGGCAGAUGCAAGGGGUUGAAGAAACUGUAUAUGGGAGAGCUCAGGGGCCUAUGGAGCACCAAGAAGGAGUUUAAUCGUGUGAAAGAAGCGGAAGCUGCAGUUGCAAAAGGCCAGGCAGGUGAUAUCGAGGUUAUAUUUGUGUCGCCAUACACAUUGGAACCUCUGCCGUGGUCAUAG